CUCCUACUUAAACAGCGCCAUUACCGUCCGUCUUUUCUUCCUUCCUUCAGCUCCUUUCUUCAACUCCUCUCCACCGCUCUUCUCAACCUCAUACUACUCCCUCUCUCCCUCCAUAUACCUAUCCAGACAUGCGCGGCACAAGUAACGCCCGCGUCCGGCAGCUUUUGACCAUCGUCUGCCUGACCCUCAGCUUCAUCUUCUCCCUCAUCAUCAUGGGUCUCGUCGGUGUCAACGGCAAGAUCACCACCCGUUCCCUCUCCAAGAGCUGUCUGCUCUACAUAUCCGCCGAUGGCGAUGUACUCAACUACAACAACCAUCACUGUCUCUUCCCCAUCAUCGGCGCUGCCGUCACUGCGGUUCUAUCGCUCAUCUUCUUGGUCCUCUGGAUCAUGAUCGUCCACCGCAACGACGAGUUCUCGCCCAGACCCAUCUCUAUCCCCUUCUUGAUCCUCUCAGCUCUUUGCGCCUUAUUGUCCUUUGCGAUUUGCGGCCAAAUCGGCAUUGGGCUGAACAGGGGAUGCAGUAUCCUUGGGGAUGAGAGCUACCGCUGCCGCAAGACUAGCAACUUUAAUGCACUCUGGGGCGCCGAGAUCUGCGCUGGCAUCAGCGGUGGCCUCUGGGUCAUCGCCAUGCUACUAGAGCUGUUCCAGUUCUUGAGGAAGCCCCACGGACACUCCACCAAUGACCCCAUCAGACAGACUACUGUCGUGCCUCACCAUCGUAACGAGAGUUUCCGUAACGGCGCCACCGUCAGUCCCUACUCCACAGCGGCCACCCCUGCAACGACACAUGGCCAAAAGGCCGAUUACAAUCAACCACAAAUGACCCAGUACCAUGACACGGCGGGUUAUGGAAGUCAGCAAGUAUAAUUCCCUCAUCGACCCAAACUGCUAGUGGUGCAUACAGGCGCCACAAAAACAAACAGGACGUCUCCUUCAACGUGAUGACCGAAGCUUCCUCU